AAAUUCAGUCCAUUCUGCAGGCGCUGCUGAGGAAACACACUGCGCGUUCCCACUCCACAGCGCCAAUGUGCCGUGUGACGUCACUCCGCCCGAGAUGAGGGCGAGCACUCCCAGCAGCAUCUCCCACUAAUGUACGCUGUCUGAGGACUCCACCACAGCGCGUGCACAGCGCGAAUAGAAGCAGCAAUAACGUGGAAUGCGACCAGGCGACAUUGCGGCUUAAUUGGAGCCCGUUUGUUGUCUUCAAUUCAAACUAAACGCUGUCACUGGGAGAAGUGGCAAGCUGAAAUCGCUUCGGUCAGCGCGGGGACAACCCCGGUCUUUCCAUUUCUCAAGGAUUGGAUGUCAGUUUACGGAGACAAUGCUGAGGUUAUUUUAACUCUUAAUCGGGGCUGAUCUUCUAUCGGGUGCUUUUGUCGAACUUGAACUACAAUAUUGCUGAAACACUGCCUCGGAUUAUUGGAUGUUCAUUUUCUCAGCACAAUGAGCGCAGUACCUCAUCCACUGAGCUGUUAUGGCAGUGAGUGCAGCCCUGGACCAAUUCGCUGCUUUCGCUGCAGAGAGGUGUGUAAAGGGGAGGUUGUGCGAGUGCAGAGCAUCCACUUCCACGUCAAAUGUUUCACCUGCCAAGUGUGUGGCUGCAAUUUGGCCCGUUCCGGAUUUUUCCAGAAGAAGGGCGAGUACAUAUGCACAGCAGAUUACCAGCGUCUGUAUGGCACGAAGUGUGACAGCUGUGGGGACUUCAUCACAGGAGAGGUGGUGUCAGCGCUGGGCCACACAUAUCACCCAAAGUGCUUCGUUUGCAGUGUCUGCAGAAAACCCUUUCCAAUUGGAGACAGAGUGACAUUCAGUGGCAAGGACUGUGUGUGUCAACAAUGCUCCCUCAAGCUUGUUGCUUCAAAUGAGCCGAUUAAGAUUCAUGGACCCAGUCACUGUGCAGGCUGUAAGGAGGAAAUCAAGCAGGGACAAUCUCUCCUGGCAUUGGAGAAACAGUGGCACGUCAGCUGCUUUAAGUGCCAGACCUGCGGAAUUGUGCUCACUGGAGAGUACAUAAGCAAAGAUGGGAUCCCAUACUGUGAGUCAGAUUACCACACCCAGUUUGGAAUAAAGUGUGAGACCUGCAGCCGAUACAUCAGUGGACAAGUACUAGAGGCUGGAGGGAAGCACUAUCACCCUACGUGUGCUCGCUGUGCACGGUGUCAGAUGAUGUUUACGGAAGGAGAGGAGAUGUACCUGACAGGUUCUGAAGUUUGGCAUCCUGCAUGUAAGCAGGCAGCUCGAGCAGAGAGGAAGCUCAGAGUGCGGCGUAUGUCAGAGACAUCCAUCUCACCCCCAGGGUCCAGCAUCAGUUCACCCAGCCGAGUCAUCUGUGCCAGAGUGGAGAAUGAGAUCCUAGAGUACAAAGAUCUGGCCGCAUUGCCUAAGGUUAAGGCCAUUUACGAUCUGCAGAGGCCUGAAUUCUUAUCCUAUGAGCCAUAUUACAGGUUCCACUCGGACGACAGGCUAGAGCGCCUCAGCUUCGGCGAGUCACUGGGGACACUAUCCCCUUAUUCUCAGGACAUGUAUGAAAGCAUGGAUCUGAGGCAGCGGAGAUCCUCCAGUCCUGGCUAUAUUGAUUCUCCUACCUACAGCAGGCAGAGCAUGUCCCCUCUGAUGCCCCGCUCUCCACAGCACUACUACCGAUAUGGCACUGAAAGUGGCAGGAGCUCACCCUAUUAUCCACAGCUGGAGGCAAGGUCCAGCACACCUACUACAAAUCAAGCACCGAAGCAUUUCCAUGUGCCAGCAACAGGAGAGCCUAACAUCUACCGGAAGCCUCCCAUCUAUAAGAGACAUGACAAUCAUGAUGCAGCUACAAAGAGCAAGACCAGCGAAGAUAUCCUCCAGUCAUCUAGAUUUUCAACAGCCUACUCACCUGAGCACUACCAGCACCCCCAGUCUGAUUACUUCCAAAACCCUGGUUCCCCUAAAUCUUUACGUAUUCCACGAAGAAGAUUCUCGUCAGGAGGAGAGGAAGAUGGAUGGAAUUAUGGUCUUCAAAGAAUACAGGGUGGGAUUGGCAGGAUGAUCCUGAAGGAAGAGAUGAAAGCCCGCUCUGGUUCUUAUGACAACGAUCCCUGGGGCAGCACACGGAACUCCCGGGCUGGGAGCAAGGAGACUCUGCACACUGCCAGCUACAACAACACCAUUAAUGGCUCUUCACAGGCACUCUAUCCAGCUGAAAAUGAGUAUAUAUCAAAAUCAGCCUCUUUACCAGGGUAUGGCAGAAAUGGACUACACAGGCAGCAAAAUACAGACUACUUUCAGUAUGACAGUGGCAAUGAGGUCAACUGGGGAAUCAGAGAGUACAAGGUGAGUCCUGAAAAACAGCCAUCAUAAAACAGACACAAUCAGUAAGCAGUAGUUCUGAUCACAGACUGAAGGAGAGGUAAAUUGCAGUACUUCAGCAGGAUGAGCAAAUAGCAUCAUCCAGCUGGUUAGAAAAUGGGGAAAUCAGGUUUUCCUGUCAUAAGGUCAUAGGGAUUCUUGCCUGGACAUUUCUUUGUGUCUAGCCAGGGCUCAUUGGGAGGUCAAUCGUUGACCUCUGGAAAAGAGUGCCACCAUGUAGCCUGAAAGAGAUUCUUAUCUUUGUAGCAGUUACUGUGUUGUUAGGUUGAAAGAUGCUUCACAUCCAUGAUCAUCCAACUCGGUAUGUCCUUCCUGAGAACAAUAUUUGAAACUGAUAAAAUAACUAUUUGAAAUAAAUUUAAGAAAUGUAUUCCAUCAUAUUUUCAUUUUAUAUAGUGCAAUUACAGUUAGAUAUAGCUAUGUCCCUACAUUUGCUUUAAACUUUUUGACAGCAAUUUGACAUAUAUCAGAUGGGUUAAACAUUAAUAGAGCUAAAAGAAUAUUCAAAACAUUUGUACAUCCUAACCAGAAACAGAAUGGCAUUUUUAUGUUUAUCAAUGCUCUUGUAAAAUUCAAAUGAUAUAACUUUGUAAUUAUAUUAAUCAUAUAUUUACCUACUUACCUAUUAUCUGUAAGAAUAAAACAAAAAAUGUUUUAAUAAAAUUUUCUAUGUGUUUGUAUGUGCUUAACUAAAAUUAUUUUAAAAAAAUGAUUAAAAAAACAAGAAGUAUAAGGUUAAAAGGUGGGGGUGACAGAAAGGCAGUGUAAAUAGAAGGUAAAUAUUUAUUUCAACUGUAAAAUGAGAAUAAUUGACCAGAAUUAAUGUACAUACAUAGUUCACAUUUAUAGAAAAACAUCAUAUUUACAGCAUAGGCAUUAUUGUAAACAGCUGAAUCCUGUGUUGUUGCUGCCAUCAAUCCUGUUGCCUUUCUGUCACCUCUAUUAAAAAUGUUUUGAUAAUAAUAUAAAAACAAAAAGAAGAUGAAAUUAAUAUUUUAAAAGCUUAGAUAAAUUAUCGAAAACAAUGUUUUUUCUUAACAACUCAAAAUGUAAGCAACAUUUUAAGGUACUCAGCAUAAUUUAUAUUACUGGAAUGUGUAAAAAUGCAUAUAGUUACAAAAAAAAUGAAUUUUAAUUCACUGUAAUAAGUGACUUAAAAGUGUCGAACAACUGCAUGUAAAUGUCUUUGAUUUAAUAACAAGUUAAUGUGUGAAUGGCAGUAAAAGGGUUGACAGCCAUAGCUUAUAUCAAUAAAAAUGUUUCAAAUAAAAAGAAAAAGGCCGUUUGCAUAAAAAAUGCAACUUGCUAGGUCAAAAGGGCAUGCAUUGGAUAUAGUAACCCAUUUUAUGCAAACUUAAGCAACUCUCCCUACAGGUUUACCCAUAUGAGGCUCUGAUUGUGACCACCAGGGGGCGUAAUAGACUGCCAAAAGACGUGGAUAGAGCCAGACUGGAAAGGCAUCUCUCUCCUGAGGAGUUCUACCAGGUGUUUGGCAUGACCAUGGCUGAGUUUGACCGACUGGCACUGUGGAAGAGGAAUGAGAUGAAGAAACAGGCUAGGCUUUUCUAAAUGUUCCUGCUCCCUACAGGAAAGAAACAGAGCCACCUGUCCAGAACCAGCCAAGAAGAUGCUACUGUUAUCUGGCCAACUUGAGUAACCGCAAAUCCCUGUGCUGCUGAAGAUGUGCCAGACACAUAUGUAGUAUUAACUAGGCCAAGAUUAAUUAACUGAGUGAAGCAAAGAUAAAAUAAAGAAGAAAGCUAGAAGUCAUGUUAGAUUCUCGUUGCUUUAAUAGAUUUUGCUCAUUUCUUAAUGACAAGAAUAGAGAAUCAAAUGUAAAAAGUUGGGAGUUUUGCCUUAUAUUUUGUGUUAAAUUAUGCACCAGCAGAGUGACUAGAAUGUAGACACUAUAUUAAUAACAUAAUCUAAGAUUCUUUUUUGUUCCUCUCUUGUAUAUUACACUUGUAAACUAAUAUCUUCUUUCACUUUAUGGACCAUUUUUAGCUUACAGUGGAAAUACAUAGUUAAAUAAUAAUUAAAGUUGAUGGAAACAUGCAAACUUUUCCAUGAAAUAAAAACCAAAGUCUCAGUACUAUGUGUGGUGAGCAGAAAAAAAGUAGGGAUUGAAUACUACCCAUGCUAUAGAUAAUUCAGGUCCUGGGCUUAAUCACUGAAUGUAAAUCAAUUUUUUCAACAAGUUAUUUAGUAGCCACAGUCUAAAUAAUGUGUUGAGCCAUCCUUAAGAGUUUUGCAAUGGUAGCAGUAAUUAUCAGUGGCUAGAUCAUUUGUUUUUAGGCUAACUUAAAGAAUAUUCACAUGCACUAACAAAGCAUUAAAUUACAUGAGAAGUAAUAUAAGGGUUUAUGGUGCAAUGUUUAAGGUUCACUUUAUUUUUUUAUUUUCUGAUGAUAAACAGAGUGUCUGUUUACUGACAAUUAAAUGUGUCUCUUUUUAAAAUAGGGCAUGUGAAAUUUUUUGAGCAUCAGUCUGAGUUGUAGACUUUGGAUUUAUAGCGUUAAGGUGUUAUACCACAUUUAUUCAUACUACAAGCAUGAUUAUCAAUUUUGGACAAUCAGAAGGGUCUCCAGGAAUAUUAUUUCACUCAAGGACACAUCCAUUGCAACAAAUAAAAAACUGACCUCUAGCGCACUUAAUUGGGACCUAAUAAUGGAGUCUGUCUUACACCAGGAUACUUGUAUGAAUUGUGCAGAUAAUGCUAAAUUCGGACCUCACAAACCACGAGAUGUUUCUUUGUUUUAUGCCUUUGCUAUGUAUGUUGGAUGUUUUUCUGUUUGUUUGUUUGUUUGUAUGUUUGUUUAUUUGUUUGGCCUUUUUUAUUUGGCCACUGGAAUGUUUUAAAGUGUUAUACCAACUUAAGAGUAAUCAGUGGGAGAGUGAACAUAUUUUUGAUUCUUCCUUUUUUAAAACACCACAGCUACCUAUCUAGUUAACUUUAUUUAUUUGUCAGCAGUUUUAACAAGUUAUGUAGCUAACUUAUAUUUAAAUAAAGCUGGUUUACUGGUG